GCGGUGCUGCUGCUGUGGCCUGCGGUAAGGCUUCCAAGAUACGGAAUACAUGUCUCCAACCUCUUGGUGUAGCACCGCUCGUCGCAAGUUUGUUACCCCUUUGCGACCGUGACCUGUCACCGAGCAAAGACUUUUUUCUUCUCUCGUCCAGGCCCCGACACUGACCACAAGAGUCCUUACCCGAUCUUAUCCACGACGCCCUUCGAAUUGUCUUCGUUUCCGUUGUCGCAGCCAUGGCCGAACCGAUCCCCGACAGCCUGCGACAGGCAGAUAUCACCAGAUUCAUCAAUCGCGCAAAUCAGCUGCGGCAGCACAAACCUGUGGUUACCUACUGGUGCGAAUACUGGGUGGUCAACCAAAUCCUAGCCAAGGGUCUGCACAAUGUCGACGAUGAAAGUCUUUCGUACACGACAAAUCUUAUGGAUAGGCUCGAACAGACCAAAACCGAAAACGCCCAGGAGGAAGCCAUCACCGACGACACAGUUGGCCAAGCAUAUGUUGAGCAGUUUGCCCAAGAUACUCUCGACAGAGCAGAGAAGGUUAUGCGCGCGAAUCGCGUUACCAGGCAAACCGCCGACACCUUCGAUGCCGCUGCAACCUUUCUCCUUCUGGGCAACAUCUGGGGCGCUGUAGACGAGGAGACACUCAAGAAGGUCAAAUAUGCAAAGUGGAACGCUGCUCGGAUACUUAAGGCUUUGAAGGAGGGCAAGGACCCCAACGAGUCGAACCCUAAACAGGAAGAGCCAGCCGAGGAAGUUCUUCCUGCGCUGGAUCCCAACGACCCAGACGUUCAAGGCUUAACGUCUCCCAAGCCCGCUUCCGUAGAGGACGACCCGGAGACCGAGUUCUACAAAAAGGUUUCAGCGCCGACAGAGACCGCCCCGACAGCCGAGCCCAGCACACCUGAGCCUGCCCAGUCCAGUGUGCUCGAUCUCCCGUCAGUGCCGUCAGCAAACGACCUCAACGCGCCGGUACCACAGACCCAGGGCUACUUUGACCCUCCCGAGCAAUUCCCGCCGUCUCCCUUGAGCCAACCCGGCGUAAAUGACACAUCCGCGGCAGUCAAUGCUCUGUCGGCCUCUUCUCCUUAUGCUGCAUCCUCGACCGGCCCAUCAUUCAGUCAGGCCAACGCUGCGUCGCCGUGGCAGCCGCCUCAGAUACCCCCUUCCAAUGUUGCCAAAUCACCUCCACCUCCGGCGCCUCAGCAAUUCAAGCCGCCACCGGCUGUACCUCAGCCCAAAGCUCCGAUGGUUCCCGGCUCGCACAACUCGUGGACGCCAAGCAGUGCACCGUCAGAUGACAUGGACUUGCCAAAGGCGCAGAAGCACGCCAAGUGGGCUAUUUCUGCGCUCAAUUUUGAAGACGUGCCGACGGCAGUAAAGGAGCUACGUAAUGCACUAGCUGCCCUGGGGGCCCAGUAGAAUCUCCCGUGGCACCAUGAGUCGGAAUCUAGAUUUUUAGGACAUUGAAGAGCAUUGUAGAUCGCGUAUCAAGUGGUUGCCUCGAGGAGGCGAGGCUCAGGCGUUGGACAUGGAUAUUUUAUAUUAACGACUAGCACUCAAUGCGCA